AUAUAAGAGCAGCGGAAAGCAGAUAUUCUCGAUCAGAGCCUGCAGUCUCAUUCGAGUGAGAGAAAGUUCGAAUACUGACUGCAAAAAAAAAAAAAUAAUAAUAAUAAUCAGUAAUAAUAAUACUGAUAAAGGUGUAGAGACAUCGAGGAGUGUUUAAUGUAUCUGAGGAUGUCGAACGGAGCUGAGGAGGAGGUUGCGGUGAUGGAGGUGGCGGCGGAGAUAGGCGUGAAGAUGAUGAAGAGAGGUCGAGAAGUGGUGGAUGGCGGCGAGGAAACGGACGUGGUUAAGAGGAUGAAGAUAGGUUUAGGUGAAGGUGAAUUGAAGCCGUCGUCUCCGGCGGCGCCGUCGCUGGUUCAACUGGUUAUGCCGGUGAAUUCGGUUGCUCCUCCGGAGAGGCUCGAUCACGCUCCGGCGUCUUGUUGCAUAAUCAACCAAUCAAGCGAGCUCGGUUUGGAAAAUCUGGAAUUCGUAGAUCUACAGGAGGAAGGUGAUGGCUUCGCGACGCCUAAACACAAUUCCGAGAGCGAAGAGAGUGGAAAGGUGCCGCCGUUCCCCGCCAAGCUUGUGCCGCCGAAGCAGCUCAAAUUUCGUCUGAUUUCGAAAUUAAUCCCGAACAACUAUCCGCUUGCUGAGGAAGUUGAAGAAUUCUUCGCUGCUGCUGAGGAACAAAAGCGUCUCCAAGAAUUUUCAGACAAGUACAACUUCGACUUUGAGAAUGAGAAGCCAAUGGAAGGUCGUUACGAGUGGGUUAAACUAUUUGAAGAGCCGGCCAUGAAGGUAGGUGAAGAUUCAGCAGAUGAGAUCACUGUAGCGUCGUCCACCAUGAAGAUAGAUGAAGAUUCAGGAGAUGAAGUCAGUCCAGCGUCGCAGUAAAUUAUUAUCUGAUCUAUGAUAGCAGCAGCCAGUUCCAUUUAUUUAUUUAGGCUUUCCUUAUUCGGAUCUUAGCUUUACCGCAUUUCCAGUAUUAAACAUUCCCCCUUUUUUGGCUUCAUAUUUGGUGGUUGUGUACAGCUAGAGGUAGAUAGAUAGAUAGAUCCAUCUCCCUUUAGUUAUCAAUUUAUCAUCAUCAGCUCUGAUCUCAUUUUCUUCCCAUUUCUCCGUGAAAACAUGUUUUUCACGAGCUUCAGAUCAGAGCUUCAUUUCGAUUAAUUAAAUUCCUUUCCAUAUAUAUCAGUAAUUAAUUAUUAGCCUUAUCUUAAA